AUGGACCUUUCGAACUUUUUGAAUCCAGCGGAGGAGGGAAUGCAAGAGGUGGAGGAAGGCUUAGAUGAGGACACAAUUCUACAGGAGGCGAUGGCUCCAUAUAUACAGGUUUCCGAUGCUCAAGAUGAUGACGAUGAGGAGCCCCAGCAUCCUGUGCUCACCACACAGAAUGCUGUACAAGCCCUCCAAGUUCUGAUUGAGUUCUCAGAAUCUGAGAAUAUUAGUGCCGUUGAACGGGAUAACGAGAAAACUAUUGACCACGCUGACCCAGAGCCGGUCGACGUCAUCCACCUUGCUGAUACUUACAUGUAUCUCGUCGAUUAUUAUCACCCGAAACUCAUGGAAGAUCUCUACUGGACAGAUGUUGAAGGCUUCUUCACUCCAGAUGAGGACGGAGACUUUGAAUUUGGCUUGACAGUCAACAGAACCGGCAAACUUUUCCUGUGA